GGCGGGAGGAGGGCGGUUUUGGGGGAGGGGGCAGCGGGAGGAGGGGCUGCCCGAGCGCUGAGGGGCGACCCAGGGAACACCCCCCUCCCCCCUUCUCCUGGGACACCCCCCCCUUCCCCCUCCCUUCCCCUCAACCUCGGUCUUGGAGGGGUGCGGGAGGAGGACGCCAGAACAUCCCCCCCCCCCCCCUUUUUUUUCCCCCUUCCCCCCCCCCCUCCCCACACACAUCCCCUGCGCUUCAGACCCCGGCCCCGCUCCAGCCGAGCCCACCAUGUCCGGGCGCGGCCACAACAAGCUGCCGACCACCGAGCGCAUCGUCAAGGCUGUCCCAUUUCCUCCCACGCAGCGGCUGACUCUGAAGGAGGUGUUUGAGGAUGGGAAGCCAAGGCUUGAUGUCUUGAAGAGCCACUUGGUAAAGGAAGGGCGCCUGGAAGAGGACGCGGCGCUGAAGAUCAUCAACGAUGGGGCUGCCAUCCUGAGGCAUGAGAAGACCAUGAUUGAAGUGGAGGCUCCCAUCACAGUGUGUGGUGACAUUCACGGGCAGUUUUUUGACCUCAUGAAGUUGUUUGAAGUUGGAGGAUCACCCAAUAACACCCGCUACCUCUUCCUGGGAGACUACGUGGACAGAGGCUACUUCAGUAUAGAGUGCGUGCUGUAUUUAUGGAGUUUAAAGAUAAAUCAUCCCAAAACGUUGUUCCUCCUUCGAGGGAACCACGAGUGCAGGCACCUCACAGAGUACUUCACCUUUAAGCAGGAAUGUCGAAUCAAGUACUCGGAGCGAGUGUAUGAUGCCUGCAUGGAUACAUUUGACUGUCUUCCUCUUGCUGCCCUCUUAAACCAGCAAUUUCUCUGUGUUCAUGGAGGACUGUCCCCAGAAAUCACAUGUCUAGAUGACAUUAGGAAAUUAGACAGGUUUAAGGAGCCUCCAGCCUUUGGUCCAAUGUGUGACCUGCUCUGGUCUGAUCCAUCAGAGGAUUAUGGCAAUGAGAAGACACUGGAGCACUUCUCCCACAACACUGUUCGAGGCUGCUCCUAUUUCUACAGUUAUCCUGCAGUUUGUGAAUUUUUGCAGAACAAUAGUUUGUUAUCCGUAAUCCGAGCUCACGAAGCCCAGGAUGCUGGGUACCGAAUGUACAGGAAGAGCCAGACAACAGGCUUUCCAUCCCUCAUCACAAUCUUCUCUGCACCAAAUUACCUAGAUGUCUAUAACAACAAGGCUGCUGUACUGAAAUAUGAAAACAAUGUCAUGAACAUCAGGCAGUUCAACUGUUCCCCUCAUCCCUACUGGCUUCCAAACUUCAUGGAUGUCUUCACAUGGUCUUUGCCUUUUGUAGGGGAAAAGGUCACAGAAAUGCUCGUUAACAUCCUCAACAUAUGCUCUGAUGAUGAGUUGAUUUCAGAUGGUGAUGAGACAUUGGAAGAUCACUACAUUUCAAGCUAUCAGAAAGGUGGGACAACAGUCCGUAAAGAGAUCAUCAGGAAUAAGAUCAGAGCCAUUGGGAAGAUGGCACGUGUCUUCUCGGUCCUUCGGGAGGAGAGUGAGAGUGUUCUGACUCUGAAAGGCCUGACUCCCACAGGUACCCUGCCCCUGGGAGUGCUCUCGGGGGGGAGGCAGACCCUGCAGACCGCCACAGUAGAAGCUGUAGAGGCACGGGAAGCCAUCCGGGGCUUUUCACCUCAGCACAAGAUCAGAAGCUUCGAGGAAGCCCGAGGGCUGGAUCGCAUCAACGAGCGGAUGCCGCCCCGCAAGGAUUCUCUGCACUCGGACGGGCCGGUGAACUUGGUAACCUCCACAAACUCUGCAGACAAGAAUGGCACGGGGAAGAAAGCCCAGUAACGGCCCAAUCUGCACCACUAAAGGAUCCAAAACUUAAGGAAUUUUAUUUAUUUAUUAUUGGGGCGGGGUGGGGGCCGGGGGAGAAACCAACUUCACCUGGAGGCACGUUCAUAAUCCAGUUCGCAUCCGUUCUGUAAGAAAGGUGACCAUUUUGUAAGUUUUUUAUUUAUGUUCAAUAUAUAAAAAGUCCAUCCUUUUUUUUUUUUUUUUUAAUUAAUUAAUUUAGAAACCAAUCUUAACUGCUAGUGCAUAUAUGAAGUGUUGUGCUGUACAGCUGACCUCUCCUCCACGAGAGACAAACCUCUGGGGGUGCGUGAGGGAGGGAAUUAAACAAUCAAAACGAAAACCAGUCCCAGGCAACUUGGGUCAUUGACUUUGGUACAAUUCUAAGUUAGCCUGUGCUUUCCAAAGCAGGUCCUUCCCUGGAAAACAGGGUUGGUUUUUCCUUUCAUGACUAUCUCCUUCCCAGAGUUUGCUGUUGUGUUUUUUCAACCUCUUGACCUGCUCGAGCAGCUGGUUCCGUGGAAGGCACAUGGUGCAGCAGGCUGGGAUCUUCCCAGGUGACAUCCAAAAUGUUCAGGACUCCAGUGUGUGUGUUACACCAAUCACAGCACCUUUUCCUUCAGUAAUUCAGCUUUAUUCCAGUUGGAGCCUCAAGAGAAAAAGUCACCUCUGAAUCGGAACGGGAAGGCAGGUGGGAGAUGUGCUGCCCCUUGUUGUGGCUCUUCCCAGACAGCUGGAAUUUGUCAUCUGGGGCUGCCCAUGCAGCAGAAAUCCCUCUGGUUCCCAGCAGAGGAAUUCCCUCUAGUCUCUAGGGAUCAGCAGGUCUUUGGGGAAUUGCAUGGCUUGAAUUUUAAAGGAAAAAAAGGGCUGAUUUAUAACCUGUGGACAUAAAGACCCCCCUUCAGCGACCACCACCGGGUACUGCAGAGCCCGUGGCUUGCUCCCCUGUGCCCAGCUCUGUGAUCAGCCCUUGCUGAUGGGUGUUGGAGUGGGGGGUGCUCAUGGUGGUCCCCUCCUAAGCCAGCAUCACCCCCCAGUCCUCCAGCAUCCCUCUUUGGGGGGGUCUUUCACCUACUUGGGCUUAACCCUGUUGCUGGUUACCUUGUUAGCUGGUGGCUAUUCCCCUGACUCCAAAGGAGCCACGGACACAUCAGCCUCUCCCAGAGGGGAUUUGUGAUACAGAUUUGGGGAAGGAUGGGUGAGGGUUCUGCUCUUUUUUUUUGUAGAGGGGAGGCUUGUUGGCUGAUGGGCAGCAGGGUAUCUAUUGGGGUUUUUUGCUAAAAAGCCCCUGGUUUGGAAGGGAGGAUGGUUUUUGGGUAGGUCAGCAUGUAGAGGAACACUGGCAGGGUGUUCGUGGGGUGCUGGAGAGGGAUCCCUGCUGGCAGCAGGGUUUCCAGAGGUUGUGUCAAGGGUUUUGAAGCUUGGAUUUGUGAAGCAGAGCCUCCUUCUAUCAUUUAAGCUUGAGGAAGGGCUUAGUGAGAUGCCUCUUUGGUUGCUUCCCCAUCCCACGUGUCGUUUGAGCCGCGUCCUCUUCUGCCUGUGCGGAGUCAGAGCAGCAGCUUUUGGAAAGGAAAUCCCUUGCCAGCUUUCCCUUCUUUCCCAGCUCCACUGUCUAUUUGUGCUUUCUCCAAGCAGGGGCAGCAGGUUCAGCCUCUAAUAAGGGAUAUUUCCCAACCCCUUCUCUGGAUCUUGCUGGCUUCUCUUUGUGCUCAGGCCCUCAGCUGCCAUCCCAGCCACAGCGAAAAAAAAAAACCCAGCAACUUUGCAGGAGACUUUCAAAUUGUCUUGUAAUCAUAACCUCACUUAAUUUCAUGCCAGCUAUUUAGGAAACAGGAUCUGUGAGCAGGGUUUUCACAAGGGACUUUUUGAGUCGCAUGCCUCCACUUUCCCUUUUUUUCCCUUUCCUUUUUGUUCCUUUGUUUUCCACGCCCACCGCUUAGCAAAAAGUGCAAGAUGUUUGGAACCAGCUUCUCUUUAACCCCAUACGAGGCCAAAACUGCCUUUGUCUGUGAGUAUUUCUUCUGGGUUUUGUUGAGGGGGGGGGAGGUUUCUUUUCAGGUGGGGUUUGGGGGUGGGGUGUUGUUAAUUUCUUUUGUCAUUGGCAUCCUUUCUGCAACACAGCCAACCUGUGGUACCUUCCUCUGAGAGAGCAAAGGUGCUGCUGCCCGUGCAUGUUUGGGCUUGUUGUUCUAACCCAGGCUGGGAUUUCACCCAGUUUUUAGAGCUUUGGGAUGGGUGCUGAGGAAGGGUGGGGGGGAAUGCUUCAUCCAUCCCCCCCCCCCAAAAAAAAAGGAAAACCCUGGCAGCCCACACAGAGCUUUGGCAGAGGGGGAUUUGCUUUGCUCGUGGUUUGUCCCCCAACCUUUUUCUCCUGCUCCUUCCCCCCCAGAAAACACCCUUUGGCACUUUGUGGUUUGAUGCGGGGGGGGUGUGUUUUGAGGAGCUGUCACCCCCCUCCCCAAAUCCCUGGAGAUGGGUGUUGCCAAAAAUCCCAUCCCUGUGGCUGGUGGGGGUUGUGGCUGGCUUGGUUGGCCACCCAAAUUUGGAGUUGGCCACCUAGUGGGGCCUGGUGCCUGUCAGGGAUCCCAACCAUCCCAGCUGGAUGGUAGGUAUGGAUUCCAUACUUCCAGGCUCCUGUAGCAACCCUGGUGCUGGUGUCCCCCCCCUUCCCUCAACACCAGUUCCCAAGGGGGGUGAGGAGCAGCGCUGGGACUGGUGGGUGCUAAUUACCCCCUCCAUUAAUUAAGGCUCAUCAUGUAACCCCUCUUGGAGCUGUGGGAAGGGCAGAGCUUGUCCCAGCACCCAGCUGAGAAACCCCCUCCCCUCUUUUAGGGGGUUGUACUGCAUUUUAGGGGGUCAUACUACAUUUUAGGGGGUUGUGCUACAUUUUAAGGGGUUUUACCAGAUCUUAGAUAAAGAGGGAGAUGAAGACCUUGGAGCAGAGGUCCCUCACUCAUCCUGAUCCAAACAAAACAUGCCAGAAAGACUCGGAAUUCCUCCCCCCCCCCUUCCCUUCCCUUUUCCUCCCCACAAAUCCAGCACCUUGGAGCUAUGCAGGUCUCAAGACCCCUCAUCUCAGAGCUCCCACCCGUCCCUUUUCCCUCCCUGGCUGCCAACCAGAGCGUGGCAAGCAGGAAUCUGGGAAUACAAGCCAAGGAGCACUACCAGCUCCAGGACAAGCUGGAGCUGCUCUUCCCUCACAGCCUGGGUUGGUGUUUCAUUUUGGUUGGUUUUGGUUGUUGUUUAUUUUUUGCAUGUUCUAGCAAGGUGCAUGUCACAAGGAGGGGGGUCAGCAAUGGGGUGGUGGGUUGAAGUUCUAGCUUUCUGAUUUUGAAUUUUGACACUGGGAGAACCUCUGGUUGUCCCAGCCCCAGGGGGAGCCUGUGGUGGCACGUGGGGAUGGAUCCCACCUAAUUGGGAGAACCUCUGGUUGUCCCUGCCAGUCCCAGGGGAGCCUGUGGUGGCAUGUGGGGAUGGAUCCCACCUAAUUGGGAGAACCUCUGGUUGUCCCUGCACCUCUGGUUGUUCCUUCCAGCCCCGGGGGGGAGCCUGUGGUGGCACGUGGGGAUGGAUCCCACCUAGUUGAGGUGGCAGGGAUGCAUGGAGACCUCUGCCAAGGAGGACCUGAAGCCCCAUGGGACACAUGCAGGGUGCUGUGAUGGUGAUAUUAGGGUUCUCAAAGCUGAAGGAUCCUCGUUGCCUGGAGACUCCUAUUUUAUUUAAUUUUUUCCUUUUUUUUUUUUAGUUUCUGUUUCAAGGAGAAAAAAAAAUGGUGAAAAUGUUAUUUAUUGGCAGAAAUUAUUUAAUAUAAUUUCUCUUUUUUUUUUGUGAACAAGGAAUGAAUUUGUUAGAACUGUCUUAAUGUAAAUUGGAAGUCAUCUUUAAGGAAAAAAACCCAGAAAAAAAAAAAAAGAGAAAAAAAAAACCAACUAAAAAAAAGAAAAAAAAAGAAGAAAAAAAAUGUUAAAAAAUUUGACCCAGUCA